CAAACCUUUACUCAAUACUUCAUUCCAUUUUUCUUCUCUCUACUCAAUCACUUGCCGGUCUUCCUCGGGCAACCGCAACGAAUGUGUAGGAUCUCUUCGUUUUUCUCUGUAAAGCUUUAUUUUUCUCGUUCUAAAGUCCGAAAGGGGUUUGUAGUUGAAAAUCCGCUGAGAAAGAAUCUUCCUCUCGUCUCAAUUGUGGAGGGCUUUUAAGGUUGCUAUGGAAUAAAGAUAAAAUAUUUUUGCUUGGGAAUUUGGUUGUUUCAGUGUCAUUUGCAUCUCGCCGCAACUGACAAGCAUGGAUUUAAAUGCAUCACCACAACCUGAAGAUGAUGAUGAGAUAUUUGGACAACAACUGGAGGUGGAACCUGAAGAGCAGAUUAUAGACCACAUCAACGAUAGUUCUGGUUAUGUAGAAAGUGCUGUUGAAAUUUCCCGCCGGGAGCGCGAGGAAAGAAUUAAGCGACUUAAAAGGCAGCAGCCAGAUGAUAGGCCAACUUAUGCAUCUGAGAAACGCUUGAAUGAUGACACUUUUCAAGAAAAAAGACAGAAGGCAUCCAAAGAGCUUCCUCCAGGUUGGUUGGAUUGUCCUCCAUUUGGGAUGGAAAUAGGUUGCAUUAUUCCUUCUAAAGUUCCACUUAGUGAAUCCUUCACUUCUUAUGUUCCUGCUGGGAAAAGGUACUCCUUCAAGCAAGUGAUUCAUCAGCUGGGAAGAAAGUUGGGUUUGGUUAUUGAUCUCACGAAUACAAAUAGGUACUAUUCAGCAGAAGAAUUUAUAAAAGAAGGAAUCAAGCAUGUCAAGAUUAGGUGCAAGGGGCGGGAUUCUGUACCUGACAAUGAGUCUGUUAAUUUAUUUGUUAAUGAGGUUUCACAAUUUCUUGCUCGCCAGAAGCGCACAAAGAAACACAUUCUUGUUCAUUGCACACAUGGCCACAAUCGCACUGGGUAUAUGAUCAUCCAUUACCUUAUGCGUACUCUACCUGUAUCUGUGACUCAGGCAAUAAAUAUAUUUUCCGAGGCACGUCCCCCGGGGAUAUACAAGCCCGAUUACAUUAAUGCCUUGUACACUUUUUAUCAUGAGAAAAAACCUGAUAUGGUUAUUUGCCCUUCAACCCCCGAGUGGAAAAGAUCUUGUGAAUUUGAUUUGAAUGGUGACGCGGUACCAGAUGAAGAUGAUGAUGGUGUUCCUUCAGUUCCUUCAGUUCCUUCACAUGAUAGUGAGGAAUCACAAGCUGUAAUGACAAAUGAUGACACCCUGGGGGAUAGUAUCCCUAGUGAUCAGCAAGAAUCACUUCGGCGGUUCUGCUAUCAAGCACUGAAGUUAACACCUCCAGGAGGAAGAGGAGUUCUGAAAUUUCCUGGCUCACAUCCAGUUUCUCUUGACAGGGACAAUUUACAAUUGUUAAGGCAGCGUUACUAUUAUGCUACAUGGAAAGCUGACGGAACAAGAUACAUGAUGCUAAUUACGAUGGAUGGUUGUUAUUUAAUUGACAGAAAAUUUGAAUUCCGAAGAAUUCAGAUGAGAUUUCCUUGCAGGCUCUCCAAAGAAGGUUUAGUUGAGAAGUACCAUCAUUUCACGUUACUUGAUGGGGAGAUGAUAAUUGAUACAGUGCCUGACACACAGAAACAGGAAAGAAGAUACUUAAUUUAUGACAUGAUGGCUAUAAAUCACAUGCCUAUCGUAGAGAGGCCUUUCCAUGAGAGAUGGAGAAUGAUUGAGAAAGAAAUUAUUGAAACUCGGAAUGGAGAACGGAAACAUAUUCUCAAGAGUAGAAAUUCUUCUUACAGAUAUGACUUGGAGCCUUUCAGGGUAAGGAGGAAAGAGUUUUGGCUGCUAUCUACAGUCACCAAACUUUUGAAAGGAUUCAUCCCAAAGCUUUCACAUGCAGCUGAUGGUCUCGUUUUUCAGGGUUGGGAUGAUCCGUAUGUUCCACGAACACAUGAGGGUCUCUUGAAGUGGAAAUACCCAGAAAUGAACUCAGUUGAUUUCCUCUUUGAGAUACGUGAUGACCGUGAGUUACUUUAUCUUAAUGAAGGAAAAAAUCUGAAACUGCUGGAAGGGAGUAAGGUUGUUUUCCAAGACUGUUCUGAUCCGUCAGCUUACUCGGGUAAAAUUAUAGAGUGUUCUUGGAAUUCUGAUGAUCAAGAAUGGGUGUGCAUGAGGGUUAGGAUAGAUAAAGGAACACCUAAUGAGUACCAUACUUAUCGUAAGGUGCUAAAAAGUAUUACAGACAAUAUAACGGAGGAUGUUCUGUUAAACGAGAUCAGCGAAAUUAUUCAACUGCCGAUGUAUGCAGACAGGAUCGAACGUGACAGCAAAGCUCACCAGCAUGCUAGCUCAGUAAGAAGACGUUGAUGCAUUUUUUCGCCAAGGAAAAUACUAAAUUGUUGGCGAUUGUGCAUGUGAAUUAGAGGCUGGGUCUAGUGAAAACAUUGAAUAUUUUUUGGAUCCAGUGUGGGCUACACUACCAGCAGUUUUAAAAGGCGGGCAUUACAUGAUAGUUUAAGUGGUCUGUCUUAGUUUAAUUUCGCAGGAAUUAGGGAUAGGUUCAGCAUGUAUAUUUUAGCUUAUAGAAAUGUGGUCAUGCCCGGUAAACAUCGAAUUCUAGUUUAUUUAUUAUAUAUAUAUUUGGUGUGUGCAGUUUUUAUCAUUCACAUAAUCACAUCUUUUUUCGUUAGUCGUUUGUAAACUGUAAUGCACAGGAUUACAGGAAGUUUUGGGAGAAUGUUUGUACAAGAAACAUGAACUCUCCUCAACCAUGUUGUCGUAGUCAUGAAUGAAUGUCAGUAGAAAUAAUAGAAAACGAGGACAUUGAAAAGAUCUUCACAAUUACGCCCCCACUUCGAUCAACAAAG